AUGAUUGGAUUGCAAGGGAUAGGGGGAGCAGGCAAAACUUCAAUUGCAAAAGAAGUGGCUCAUAAACUAAAAGAAUCUAACUCGAUUGACAAAUUCAUCUUUCUCAUUGUCUCCAAGCCUCCUGAUUUUAAAAAGACUCAUGAUGAACUUGCAAAAGGUUUAGAUUUGAAGUUAGAGGAAGUGAAUGAAGAAGAACUCUCAAAUAUAAUAUGGUCCAGAAUCAUUAAAAUGGAUGAAAAGCUGCUUAUAAUACUAGAUGAUGUGUGGGAAAAGUUUGAUUUGAUAAGAAACUUGGGGAUUCCAUCUAAACAUCAAUACAAGGGCUAUAAGUUAUUGAUAACUAGUCGUAAUUUACGAGUUUGCACAGAAAUGGGAUGCCAAACGAUUGAACUACAGAAGGUGAUGGAUGAAGAGGCAUUGAGUCUUUUUGAAACACAUGCUGCUAGUAAUAGUUCCUCUUAUGGUUUGAAGGGCAUGCCACAAAAAAUUGUGAAGCAUUGUGGAGGAGUAUUAGUUGGAAUUGUAGCAAUAGCAAGAGUGUUGAAAAAUCAGCCUACCUCAGUUUGGAAGGAUGCUUUGAAAACCUUGGAAGACCAUGGUGUUGAUCAAAAUUUGAAAGAGGCUUAUAAAUGCCUCAAGCUAAGCUAUGAUAACUUGGAAAAUCAAAGGGCCAAAGAGCUCCUUUUGAUAUCUUCUUUGUCCCCCAAGUAUUGUGAAAUUCCUAUAGAACUCUUAAUGAAAAUCUGUUUAGGAUUAGGGCUUUUCAAAGAAAAUGACAACUAUCAUUUAAAAAGAAGUAAAGUGCAUGGAGCUAUAACGGAACUCAUAGAUUCCUCUUCAUUGUUGCAUGUCUCAGAGGCAACAUUUAAGCAACUUGUCAGAAGAGCUGAACUUCUUGUCUUGGAAGGAGAGGAUGCACAAAGAAUAUGCAAAAAUCUUAUCCUUGAUAUUGUUGCAAUAGGCAAGGGAGGCAUGAUGAAUGAUUUGAUUGUUCUUGAUUUGAGCUCAUGUCCUACCAUGGAGUGCUCCAUAGAAACUAAAGAUCAUGAUUAUUCUGGUGUCGCUGCUUUUUCUAAUCUGGUCGGAAUACAUCUCUCUAAAGUAGGUGUUGAAGAUUUAUGUCAGGGUCCUCUACCAUCUGGCUUUUUGGAGCAAUUAGAUAUUAUGAAGUUGAAGGAGUGUCAUAGACUAAAGGCCUAG